CCCGGCGCGCGCACCGAGCGGGGGCGGCGCGGGAGGCGGAGGCCAGGUGAUGAUCCGAGGUGAGGGCCAGGGGGUGGCCAACAGGACGCAGCACGUGGGACUUCAGCAGCUUUCGUCCUUUGCAGAGGCAGGAAGAACUUUCCUGGGCCCGGUGAAGUCUCCCAAAUUCAUCACAGAUGGGGAGGGGCAGGAGAGCGUGCUGGUCACCUCCGCGGCCAGGCUCCUGGAAGGACUGGACCUGAGCGGCGCAGCCGGGCAGCUUCUCCGGGAAGCCAUCCUGGCACACAGAGACAUCUACGGGACUGGGGUCAGCACCCUGCUGUUCCUCGUGGGCGCCUGGAGCGCCGCGGCUGAGGAGUGUCUGAACCUGGGCGUGCCCGCCCCUGUCAUCGCCACGGUGAUGGAGGAGGGCUUGAAUGUCUGCAUGGACGCAGCCAUCUCCCUCCAGGCCCCUCUCCACCAGGUCUCCGCCCACCUGGACAGCACAUGGAUGCUCUCUGCUCCGGAGACUUGCGGUGUCAGCCUGUGCCCAUGUCCCCCCAUGGCGCCCAGCCCGGCCAGCUGCAGGGAGAGCCUGCUGUGGGCCACCUCGCCGCGCGGUCACCGGCCCUCCCCCGUCUCCCUGGCACUCAUGUCCAGUCUCCUACACUCCACAGAAGGCAGACUGAGACCAAGAGAAGUGUGUCUGGAACCCCGAGAGACAGUCUGCCCGUGGGGGCUCGCUCCAGAGAGCCAGCCCUGACCC